AUGGCUUCCCCGCAGCCGCCGCUACAAGAGGUGCACAUGAACUUUGUAAUCUUCAGAAUGUCGUAUGAACAGAAAGAUUACAAUGCAUGCAGCCAGCUCCUUCCCAAGCUCAAGGCCAUGCUGGCACAACUAAGAAGCCUCCCGCCCAUGUAUGAAGCUACACCUAAUGCAGCAGGAGAAUUAGCAGUAGCAAGGGACAUAUAUGAGCAUGCUGUUGUUAUUAGCUUGAAGACAGAGAAUGAGGAAGCAUUCGAGAGAGAUUUCCUUAAGUUGAAACAGUACUAUUACGCCGCGGUUGGUACCGGUAGCCUUCCACCGUCCCCUCAAGAGGACAUGAUCUUAGGUCUUAACCUGCUCAGGCUCCUUGUGCAGAACAGAACUGAGGAGUUCCACACCGAGCUUGAAAUGCUUGCAUGCCUGUCACCCACUGCAUUGGACAACCCUUGCAUCAAGGACGUCGUGGAGUUGGAGCAGUCUUUAAUGGAGGAGGGAGGAGGUUAUAUAAGUGUGUUGGAAGCUCGGCAGACAAUGCCAGAUGACAAUAGCACUUAUACUUACGCAAAUUAUUUCGUGGACCUUCUUCAAAAUACUAUCACAGAUCAGGGGAACAAAAAGAUCGAUGCUGCAGUGUUUAUUGAGAAGGUAAAGGAGUCGGCACCUUGCAAGGAGAUACCUUCGCUGCAGCUCAUCAAUCAAAUGCUCAGUCAUGCUACAAAGUUGGAUCAGAUCGAUGGCUCAGUCGUUCAGAGAUAA